GUUCGACUAUGAUCGCAUGACAAAUAAACAGAAGUCGAAUGAAGAUAUGCAACGCAUAAGUGGGCUCUUUUCCAACUUGUCACUCAUUCAUAAGGUGUACAACCAUGCAUCAUGCAUUCGCGUGACUAUCCGUGGUUCACAAGAACCAGAUAGAUAUAUUAUUCUAUCCGUUAAUGAAGACGGUAUCGCAUUAGUUCUGGAAUUGGCGCAAGUUCUAGAUAAAUUAUGGUUAGGGCAUAAUUGGCGACCACGACGAAGUUUAAUCCUUUGCAUGUCUUUUACGUCCUCGUACAUUUGCCCACAGGCUCUGCCUACAUUUAUGUGGCGAAAAGCCGUAGCUUACGUGAUGGUGCACGGUCGUUUCAUGCGAGCCAACAGUCAUGCGGCUUUAUCUGGAUCAGACAUCAUGCGAUCCAUAGCUAUUGAAGCUAUUAGGACAAUACCCGGUGGUAAUAACUGGACAUACCUCGAACACGAAGUAUUCAGUCCUCGGCUUUCUUUAGAUAUUCCACAAGUGAUAUUUUCGUUCAAUGAUAAUAGUUCUAUGCACAAUCAUCACAAUCAAAAUUCCCGACUACACGACGUAACUCUGGUUCAGAUGAUUAGCCAAACUAUAUGGCGACUGUCCGAGUGUAUAGUUAUUCAAUGGGAAACGAAAUAUUUUAACAAAACUGUUAAUGAAAUAUUGGAGUCUAUCGACUCUAGCAAAUUUCAAGACGCAAAAGAGAAACUGAAGAAAACGUUAAGGAUAUUGCUUACAGCCGUGGAAGAGCUUAAUGCAGAAAUCGACGCGACCGAUAAUACUCAAAUACUGCGUAUAAGGAUAUGGAAUGAUCUACUUCUAGACCUGGAUAAGGCGCUUUUAUGUCCUGACCAAACCGAUUCGCAUUCCAGAACCGAUCUAGCGACGUUUCACAAAAUGUCACACGAAACCAUUAGCGAAUCUAUCAUAUUAGCUUAUCUCGACCAGAUGACAAAAUGUUACGAAGAUGCUAUAGAAAUUUUGCAGGAAAGAUAGGAAAAAGAAAAACUUCUCUCUUAAGAAAAGAGAAGAUAUGAGAAACUUCAGAAAAUAGAUUCUUACAAGAUGCCUUCUUGAUGUGAAUAUAUAUUUUUCAUUAAUUUCGCAGUCUCAAUUGUUUUCUACGCAAAGCAAUAUAAAUGACAAAACGAAAAGUAGUGAG